UCCACCAGCUGCUCUUCCAGAUGGGACAGGACCUGUACGAGUGCCAGGCGGGGACGGGGACUUUAAAGAAGGAGAGCCACCGCACACGUGAGUUACUGCAAACCGCACCACUUGUUGGAGUUUCAGGUUGCUGUCUGUUGAUAGCGGUGUGGACUAUGGAGGUGAAUGAGAAAAGAGAACUGCAGCAGUUUUGUAAAUAAAGACGCACUUUUACAAACGGGACUUUCCAUUCUCUGUUAAUAUUAUGAAGGUCUUGAUUUAAGAAAAAAGAAAAAAAAAAAAACAUUCAAUUACAGGCGGUAGCAGUUUAGACUCUCAUAGAAAGGCCUCACGUUGUGUCUCAUGUUGAUCCAAGGGAACUGCCUUCUGCUUGGAGUCUUAAAUUGUGUUCUGUGGAUCCCUAGGGUCCUGCGAAACCUUCAGGCCCUCGGUGGGCCGAGAAUGACUGGGCUCAGAGAGAUAAAGGCGUGUCUGCUCAGCGAUGCCGUUGGGGAACCGUUCUUGAUUUACUUUUUGAGAAAUUUUAGGUAAAAAAAAAAAAAAUCUGGUACCUUUCUAUUAUUGUGACACAAAGACUGGCCAACCCCAACCACAAAUACUAGUGGGGGUGAGCAAAGUCACCUCUGGGUCCCUAAUUCUAAUCUCCCCCUUGGGUGCCUAAUCUUAAAAUUCCUAUUAGGUGCCCAAUCGUAAGUUUUCUGUCUUGCAUCACGAUAAUAGAAAAGUACCAAAAAUCGGAGAGAAUGUGACUUUCAGGUCAAUCGGCGUUUAAGAUUCGACUCCAGUGAGCUUCUACACGCACCACGUUAUUACCGACCCCGGCAUGCAACGUCUUUGCACAAUAAUGCGAUAGUCUUGUGAAAUAACACAGUAGUUUGUAAUUCGUUUCUCUCACUUCUCAAAGUGCUUUACAUGGACAGUGGGCAGCCACUUCAUCCAUCAGGAGGAUGUGACGGCACCCAUUCUUGUGCCAGUACGCUCUCCACCAAUUAGAUAUUAGGCCAUGUCGGGUGACAGAGGCAGUUAGGCGGUUAGAGACAGGGGUGAUUAGGGGGCCAGAACGGACGAGGUCCUGGUCGGCAAUUUAGCCAGGACAUCGGGUGACACCAACGCUUUUCGAAAAGAUGACCAGAGACCCUUUGAUGAUUACAGGACCUCAGUUUUUAUGUCUUCUCUGAAGGACGGUGCUAUUUUUUCAGUACAGUGCCACCGUCCCUGCAGUGGGACAUUGGGAUCCACACAUAGACUACAGCGUAGGCGCCUCCUGCUGGCCUUACCGACACCAACCCAAAUUUUUCCUAGGUGGUCUUCCAUCCAAGUACUGGCCGGGUUCAAACGUGCUCAACUUCAGCUGGAUUAGCUGCUCUGAAGUGCAGAAGCAACAUCUGCUGGCCAACGGCACAGUGCCUUUGUCAGACGCCACAGGAAUACGUUUUGUGGAUGACCCCACUCUGGGAUUGGAGUUAGUGCCUUAAAAAGAAGAAAUUGAUCAGGGCACUGCAGAUUGGCAUUAUACUUAAUGGACUAGGUAAAGGCGCUAUAUAUGGUAGAUUGAACUAUUUAAAUGGUGCUCUGCUCAUCCGUCCAUCGAGCCCAAGUGACAACUGUGCUGCACUGCAGUAACGGCCAAGAGAAAUGAGCAGGGAGCCCAGCUGAGACCCCACAUCUGCCACGUUCCCCUGAGCCCCUGCUGUGGGCACAGCUAUGAUGAUUUCGUUGGCCAAUCAGAAAUGCAAAUAGUGGCAUGUGAGCCCCACCUGCCCCACUGGUAUUCAAAGAGUCUCCUAAUUGUUACAAAGAAAUAUACAAAUGGGCCGAUGCCAAAUGCCUGCAACAAACGGGCAUCCAUUUGCAUGGCUGCCAGAUCAGAUAUAAAACGGCCGGACGGUUUAAAGUACGGAUUUGAGAGACGUGUCAGUGACUGGCGUCGCAGCAGAGGGGGAGCCAAAGAGGACCCGUGGAUCACAGAGAAUCAGUGGCCUGGGGCUCCUGGUUUGAUCAUGUGAUUGGCCGGUGGGACAUCAGAGAACGUCACCAGGUCCUCUUUGUAUUUUAUGAGGACAUUGUCCAACUCAAUGCCUCAGACACAAACAGAAGGCCACAACGAGGGGGACAAGGAUGCAGAAAAAUCUGAAAGCCCCCCACACGUGGAACGUCAGACGCUUUAUGAUGUUGAAGGGGUGCCGAUGAUCUCCCAUUACUUUGAGUACAACGAAAGGAUCAGAAACUUCAAGGCCAAGCCAGACGACGUGCUGAUAGCGACGUAUCCCAAAGCAGGUACAACAUGGAUCAUUGAAAUCGUAGACUGCAUCCGCAAGGAAGGAGUCACAACAGAAAUUAAAAAUCAGCUGAGCCAGACUCGGGCUCCUUUUAUAGAGAUGGGGGCUGUUAAUAUGAUACCUUCUGGAGUGGACCUGCUAGAGAACAUGCCGUCUCCUCGACUUGUGAAAACUCAUCUGCCGGUGAACCUGGUGCCAAAGUCCUUUUGGGACAACGACUGCAAGAUCAUCUAUUUGGCCAGGAAUGCCAAGGAUGUCCUUGUUUCUUAUUAUUUUUUCCAUAAGAUGAAUCUGGGCACGCCAGAUCCUGGAAGCUGGGAAGAAUAUUUUGAAAGCUACCUGUCUGGAAACGUGGCCUGGGGUUCCUGGUUUGAUCAUGUGAUUGGCUGGUGGGACAUCAGAGAACAUCACCGGAUCCUCUACAUCUUUUUUGAGGACAUCGUCCAGGACCCGGUGCGGGAGGUGGAGAGGGUGGCCCGUUUUCUGGGUAAGACCCUGGAGGGGACCACGAUCAACGAGAUUCUGGACCACAUUGCAUUCAGCAAUAUGAAGGACAAUCCCAUGACUAACUACUCCAUUAUACCUUCACAUCUGAUGAACCAGAAGAUUUCACCAUUUAUGAGGAAAGGAAAAGUUGGCGACUGGAAGAACCAUUUCACCGUGGCCCAGAAUGAGCGAUUUGAGGAGGAAUACCGGCGGCGCAUGGCCAAGACCUCUCUGCGUUUGACAGAUGAGCUCUGAGCCGGAACACAGCCUGCUGAUUUCACCCGACACAAAUCCACGGGCUCAUAAAACAGAGGAAAAAGAAACCACAGCACCUUUCACAGGGGCCUUCAGAGCACAAUGAAGAAUUGUGAAGUUCAUGAAUAAUAAAAGGAGAUGUUGAUCUUGAGCACUUUGUGGCGUCAGCUGGUCGUAGCUCAGCAAUAACGGAGAUGGCAAUGUGCUACUGGGGUCCAUAGAUGUGAACCAGUGCGUGUGUUUCAAGUUUUCCUGUGUGUUUAAACUAAUCAGUAUCUUUAUGUGUAUGGGAUGCGUUUAUCAGUAAAUUGUGAAGUUUGCAAUUGGAUUUCAUCUGUCAGGUUGUUACAGCGAUUUGAGUGCCCUGCAGAUAUAAACUGAACAAUCAGCAUCACAGAUAAGUAGUGUGAAAUAAAACAAAUAAAGGAAAGGCGGCCAUACAGUGGAAGAGCACCGCCAACAAACCUGAGGCUGACAUAAACGUAGAGCUUCAUCAUGACUAAAGUGUCAUUUAACAAUGUGACCAGAAGGUGGCACCCUGAGGUGAGACAGACUGGCACUGCCAGCUCAGUGCUUGCAAGAUGGAGAGGCGGAAACCCAGAAGGCUCCUUAAAAGGACACCACAAAAGGUGAAAAUGGGCAUACUGGGGGUUGAGAAAGUACUGAGACCCUUCACUUUAUCGUCUUGCAGAUUUAGAUUCGAUUAUCUAUACUAAUAAAAGGCAAA